AUGUCAUUAUCCUGGCGAGGCGAGAUGCGGCCGACCGUGGAGCCCUCCGCCGCGCUCCGCUUCCUCGGUCACCCACCUCAAGUAAAGAUGCCAACAGGUCAGAUAUUUGGGAAAUUAAAACGGAAAGUAAGGAAGGAAAAGGAUAUUGCUUAUACAGAUGGAUCGGGAAGUGUCAGAAUGCACGUCAAGCACGACGAGCACGUCAGAUUAUGGCGACCUGACGCGCUCGAACUGACGGACUCCAACUCGCUGUUACCGGGAAUUCCGAGGCCUCUAGCCGGAAUACAAAAUGUGUGA